UGGUAUACUGACAUAUUUUACAGAUCUCUCUCAAUCUCAUUUGCUAUGGGUCUUUGGGAAGCUUUGCUCAAUUGGUUACGAAGCCUCUUCUUUCAGCAGGAAAUGGAGCUUUCUUUGAUAGGGCUGCAGAACGCAGGGAAAACAUCACUUGUAAACGUCAUUGCUACUGGUGGAUACAGUGAAGACAUGAUACCAACAGUUGGAUUUAACAUGCGGAAAGUGACUAAAGGAAAUGUGACUAUAAAAUUAUGGGACCUUGGAGGUCAGCCCAGAUUCCGCAGCAUGUGGGAAAGAUACUGUCGUGCAGUUUCUGCUAUAGUUUACGUUGUUGAUGUUGCUGAUCAUGAUAAUGUUAGUAUUUCGAGAAGUGAAAUCCAUGACCUGCUGAGCAAGCCAUCAUUGAGUGGUAUUCCAUUGCUGGUAUUGGGUAAUAAGAUUGACAAGCCUGGAGCUCUUUCCAAGCAGGCUUUGACUGAUCAGAUGGACUUGAAAUCUAUAACAGAUAGGGAGGUAUGUUGCUAUAUGAUAUCAUGCAAAAAUUCAACCAAUAUUGACUCAGUCAUUGAGUGGCUUGUUAAGCACUCAAAAUCAAAGAGUUGAGGAUGACAACCUUUCUUGUACUACUGAUCUAUUGAAGUUGCCAGGCUAUUUAUUCCUUCUACUGGUUUCCUCAAGAGUUUUCCUGUAUGUAAAGUAAAUUCUUUUGCCAAUUGAAAGAGUUGGUACAUGUAUUUUCAUAUGUGAUUAUCCCACCCUGCGAAGUGUGUGCACCUCUUUCCUUCUAUGGAGAUAUGAUCACGAA